AUGAAGCCUGCAUCCACCAAGCCUGGGUCCAGACUCUCAACUUCACAGUCACAGGCGCCUGCUGCCUCUGCCGCACCUCACCACAGACCUUCAGUACCCGGAACGCCAAAGAGCCAGAGACCUUCAGUACCCAGACCACCAUCCCACCAGGGACCUUCAGUACCCGGAACGCCAACCAGCCAGGGACCUUCAGUACCUGGAACACCAACAUAUCUGCGACCUUCAGUACCAGGAACACCAAUCAGUCAGGGACCUUCAGUACCGGGAACACCAAUCAGCCCGGGAUCUUCAGUACCCGGAACACCAAUCAGCCCGGGAUCUUCAGUACCCGGAACACCAAUCAGCCAGCGAUCUUUAGUACGCUCCACACCAUCCAGCUACCGACCCACAGUACGCUCCACACCAUCCAGCUACCGACCCACAGUACGCUCCACACCAUCCAGCUACCGACCCACAGUACGAUCCACACCAUCCAGCCAGCGACCCUCAGUACACUCCAUACCAUCCACUAAGUCCUUGCAGUCAGUGGACAGAGAUCGCACUGCGGACAAAUUACCGAGGAAACACACCAAACAUGAGAAAGUGCGGCCGACUCGACCUGUCCCAGUGUCUGAGAAAAUCAAGAUACCGGAAACCGUCAAAAUACAGGAUAAGGACAAGGUCUCAAAAAGAUUCAGAGAUGGCUUCAGUAAUUUUUGCUGCUCAGCCAAUGGGAUGUUGAAGGCCUUGAGGAUGUGCAUUACUGCAGCAUCGGUAUUUUGUUUCGUCAUUGGUGGCACCCAGGACCUGUUUGUAGCCAUCAUGAUUCAGGAAACCUGCAUCGUCUUAUUUUUUAUUAUAAUCUAUUUGAUAGCCCUUCAACGCUUCCUGACCUGUAUCCACUGGCCUCUGCUUGAUCUGAUCAACACUCUCAUUUCGAUGGCAUUUCUUGGAAUAGUUAGCAUAAUAACCAUGACGACGGAAAACAGUGAAAAGAAUCUGACUUUUAUUGGAGGGGUCCUGUGCUUCUCGGCAGCAGUCCUGUGUGUCAUCGAUGCAUUGUUCGUUACCGAAAAGAUGAGGCACAAAACACAAAGUUCCCCGGGGAAGAAAACUAAGCCCUCUGCUACCCGACGGAGGCAGAAGCAGCGCUGAAGUCACCCCGCCCUCCACAGCAUUUGGCAGAGACUCG